CAGGUCCCUAGAUUAUACCACUCACAGGCAGGCACCUGGAUUAUACCACUCACAGGCACCUGGAUUAUACCACCCACAGGUACCUGGAUUAUACCACCCACAGGCACCUGGAUUAUACCACCCACAGGCACCUGGAUUAUACCAGACACAGGUACCUGGAUUAUACCACCCACAGACACUUGGAUUAUACCAAACACAGGUACCUGGAUUACACUACCCACAGACACCUGGAUUAUGCCAGACACAGGCACCUGGAUUAAACCAGACACAGGCACCUGGAUUAAACCACCCACAGUUACUUGGAGUAUACCUGGAGAAGGUUUCGCGAGUUAACGCUCCCCACGGCCCGGUCUGUGACCAGGCCUCAUGGUGGAUCAGUCUGAUUAAUAACAAACAAGCAAUUUAUCUGCAACAUUACAGAUUCACGCAAAUUAUCAUUAAUUAUAUACAUUAUAUAUUUACGUUUUGUUUAUAAUGUAAUGUACUUCUCUGAUAUAGAGGUAAUUAUUAUCCAGGAAUUUUGGAUUAAAAAUUAUUUGACUGUUGUAGGUUGCACCCUAUAGGGUGGUAUAUCAUGCUCGGGGCUGGGCUUUGCAAAUGGGAAUAACCACUCUUAAAAUAUGUUGGGGAGAAAUGUUUACAUGGCAGCGAGCAGCCUGACAGCGCACGCCUAGUGCCAUUCCAUCUUUCCAGCCUCGCCUGGCACUCACUCCACCGUGUAUCCUGCCCUCAUUCUCACACACGGCACCACCUCGUCCGGACUUGCACACUUUCUCAUUAACAAGUUUUACUGCAUAUCUACGUAUAAAAAGCGAAUGUUUAUAAUCUGCGGAAAUGAAUGCAUUUAGCUCCACCGGAUGCGAGAGCUGCUGAAAUUUGCGGCUAACAUCUAAUUGCUUUCAGAUUUUUUACAAUAACUUUUCGAUUCUCGUAAAUAUCUUAAAAAUAUCUUGAGGACGAUGGCACCGAGAGCAUCUGACAAGUUUCUAGUAAUGUUAUGCUGUUUUAGCGUGGUUAUUCUCAUCGUCAUGGUAGAUAUUCUACAAGGCAAGGCUGUUCCUACUGGAAGGUACGCCGCCUCGUUGUACAUGGUAAACAUCAUCAACGGAACAGACGAGAUCAUCCGCGAACAUCAAGAUGGAUUCGUGUUCUGUUUCGCGACCCAUCAGUUUAGCAGUAGACGCAUGCCCUACACAGUGGUAUGGACCAAUCCUUAUGGAAGACCACUCAUGGCCUAUUCGCAAGUGGACAAGACGGCUAAGAUCUUCACCGUACAGCAGAAGUUCCUCCUGCUUCACUCGUACCUAGUCUUCCGGGACUUCGAUCACACCCUUUCCGGGAUCUACACUUGCAGUCUUCUCUACAGCGGGCGGCUCCUGGCGAGGCAGACCAUCCACCUCAGAUUCUUCCAGCCCAGCUUCAAGGUGGUGCCUCUGUCGCAGUGCCUGACGGUGCCUGAGGGCGGGAGCGUUCUUGUGCCAUCACCAGUGGUAGGUGACCCGCCUAAACCCACACUGUGGAGCAGGCUGGGGAGAGACCUGGACCUCACCACCACACAUCAUAACACGGGCCUCCUACUUCAAAACGUUCAAGGUGAGGAUUAUUGUUACACUCACGGGGGGAGCGCUAAAACAGUAGGGGGAUCAUACAAUUCCUUGGAAAAUGAGAGGCAAUCUGGUCUGAUCCAAGGAAAGAGAGGACAAAUCCAUUUCCUUGGAUCAACAGCACUUCGCCGGUAUCACAAACCCGGAGUGUACAGGAGCACAGUGUGGCUGGGAGGUGGUCUCAUUCACCACCAGGAUGUAGCUGUGUCAGUACUUCUGCAAAACGGAGACUUGAUUGAACCCGAGGAUUCCUCUGCUAUUACUUGUCCAACUGAUAUGCGGCCGUCACUCAAGACCCGCUCCAGUGUCGUCAUAGCAAACGAGUUAAUUGCAGACAUCCAGAUCCACGCAUAUCGCAGACUGGUGGCUGAGAAAGGAAGGAGAGGCAGGUAUUCCGAGAUGCAGUCUACCUCCAUCUCCGCUCUGUGA